AUGUCUGCAAGCUUGAUUCCAGCCAAUCCGGCUGAUCUCAUGGUCAUCCGCAACGUCACACCCAAUGUGGUGACCUUCUCGGUGCCUUUUGCACGCUUCGGCAGAAUCCAGAUUGGCGGCCGUGGAACGCUAGUGAGGCUCACAUCUGGCAAUCUCGCCGUCUUCUCGCCCGUGGCCCUCACGGAGGAAACCAAGGCCAAGGUCGCCGAGCUGGGAGGCAACGUCGCGUACAUCGUCGCGCUUGACUUUGAACACCACAUCUUCAUCUCUGAGUGGGCCAAGCAAUGGCCCGAAGCCAAAAUUAUCGGUCCAGAGGGGCUUCCUGAGAAGCGCGCAAAGCAAACCAAGGACCCUAAAAUUAACGACGACAAAUUUGCCGUUGUCUUCACAAAGGACGGAAAGCGUGACAUCAGGAUCAGCGAAGAGUUUGACGCCGAUUUCGACUACGAGUACGUCGACGGCCAUGUCAACAAGGAAAUCGUCUUCAACUACAGGCCGGAUAAGGUCCUGAUCGAGGCGGAUCUGAUGUUCAACUUACCGGCUACUGAGCAGUACAGCAAGGUGCCCGAGUCAGAGCGGCCCAGCGGUUUUCUGAAUAAGCUGUUCCACAGCGUGCAGAAUACCAGUGGCGAAGCUACCUGGCCAAAGCGGUUUAACUGGCAUCUAGCCAAGGAUCGCAACAGCAUGAGCGACAGCCUGAAGGUCAUCGAUCAGUGGGAUUUCACGACGCUGAUUCCUUGCCAUGGAGAUGUCCUCGAAGGGAAUGGAAAGGAGAUUUUUAGGAAGAUAUUCCAGUGGCACUUGCAGGGGAAGAUGUAA